AUGGCAAAUACAACCUACAAGUCAAACAGCAACGGUGCCAUCAUUUAUGAGGUAUCAAAUCUACCUUCUUGGUUAUCAUUUGAUUCGGGUUCUAGAACAUUUACUGGUAAGCCUAGUCAACCAGACGUUGGUGAGUUUGAUAUCACCAUUCAUGGUACCGACCAAAGUGACCAGUCAACUUUAUCCAACAACUACACCAUGAUUGUAUCCAAUGAUACAGGCUUGCAUGUUGCGUCAGGUACAAGCGUAUUGCAACAAUUGGCACAAUUUGGUAACACAAAUGGUGACGACGGUUUGGUUGUCAAGCCAGGCGACAAGAUCAAUUUGAAAUUUAGCAAAGAUACGUUUGAAGAAUACUCAUCAAGUCUGCGGUCAAUCAUUGCUUAUUAUGGAAGAUCAGCUGACCGCAGCUCAUUGCCCAAUUGGUUAUCAUUUGAUGGAGAGGAACUUACCUUCUCUGGAACUGUUCCAGAUGUCACGUCUGAAAAUGCACCUUCUUUUGAGUAUGGCUUCAGUUUCAUUGCUAGUGAUUAUUAUGGCUAUGCUGGUGCUUCAAGUGUUUUCAAACUCGUUGUUGGUGGUCACCAGCUAGAAACUGAUUUGAACAAUACCAUCAAGAUUAAUGGUACUUUUGGACAAGAUGUGGAUGCGCUGGUACCAAUAUUGUCGCAUGUUUAUCUUGAUGGUCAAUUGAUUUCCAAAGAGAAUAUAUCUGAAGUUGAUGCGGAUAACUUACCAACCUACUUGACGUUUGAUGACAAUGAUUAUGUGAUUAGCGGGCUGUUUCCAAACACUUCGACAUUUGACAAUUUUUCAAUAACCGUAAAAGAUACUUUUGGAAAUACCGUUGACUUGCCUUAUUCCUUUGCUGCCAUUGGGUCCGUAUUCACAGUCAAGUCACUUGACGACGUCAAUGCGACAAAGGGUGAAUGGUUCCUGUACCAAAUAAUGAAUUCGAUAUUCACAAACAUUAAUGACACUGAUGUCAAUGUUGAUUAUAGCAAUGCAAACUGGCUUUCUUACCACGAAGAUAACAAGACCUUGAAUGGAAUGACGCCAAAGAAUUUUGAUGAGUUGCAAGUUUCAAUUGAAGGUAAAUUGGAUUCAGAAGACGAGAAGAAAAGCUUUAACAUAUUGGGUGUCAACAAGGUGGUCACGUCAAGCACAUCAAGUUCAAGCUCGACAUCGACUUCAUCGUCAUCCUCGAGAACUGGUACUGCUGCUGCUUCGGCCACCGACGAUUCAAAUAAUGCAACAUCGACUUCCAGUGCGUCUCACAACUCGCACAGGAAUAGAGAUUUAGCCAUUGGGCUUGGUGUUGGUAUUCCAGUGUUUCUCAUUUUGGUGGCUGCUUUUGUUAUAUUCUGCUGUUGCUAUAAAAGGAGAAAAGAUAAACAAGAUUCCGAUGAUGAAAAGAGAACUGAUUCGUCAGAAACUACCCGAGUACCAGGUGGGGCUAAAACUGCAGUUGGUGUUGGUGGUGUUAGUGCUGGUGGUGCUACAAUCUUCCCUAUUGAUCCAAAGAAUGAAUCACAAGUUAAUCUAAUGAAAUUGGAGGGAGUAUCAGCCAACUCCUCAACUUCAACUUUAACCCAUGUCGAUAGUAAUGAUGAGUCGUUUUAUGAUACCCAUGAGAAUCAGCAACAACAACCAGUUAUGAAGAGCUGGCGAGCAAAUGGGGAAUCAGACGAUAAAGCAAUUGUAACUCCGGCAAACUUGACGAGACACAGCGAUGCUUCUUUAUCAACAGUGAAUACCGAGCAGUUGUUUUCAGUACGAUUAGUUGACGAUCACGUACAGCGUGAUUCGGAGCUUUCAUCAGCAAACAAUGCGUUUAUGAGUAAUAACUCAUUGAAUGCAUUGCUCCAGCACGAUAACUCAUCGCAAAAUAUUCAUCGAUUGGAUUCAGAUGGGAAUAUAGUCGAGUACAAGACAUUAGCUCCUACUUCAUCACCAGAAAGAGUACCUAACAGAAUGCCCCAUUCUUCAUCUCAAUUGGAUAUUGUUCCAGAGGAAAACUCGCGAGAUAUGUCAAAUAGGGAAGAUACUACCGGAUCCCUAGGUAACUUGUUGCAUAAAUUUGACCACUCACCAUCGUCGAACUCCUCCUCCUCGUCAUCCAACAAUGACGACAUUGGAGUCGCUUCACCAACAUCACGACAACCACAACCACAAUCACAAUCACAGCCUAAUGGAACUGAAUCGCCAACAUAUCUAUUUGAAUUCAACAAUGCCGACUUGCAAUCACCAUCAUCGGACAAGUUUCUUCUUCAUGACAAAUACACACACAACCAAACCACCAACACCAACGCCAACACCAACAUGCUUACGCUAUCUCCCACAUUAUCACCAUCAAUACACUCGACGCCAUCAGCACCAACAUCACCUAUAAGACAAAGACAUUUGCUCACUACAACAUCCCCCAACCCACAUCAUUCCGUGCUUACACUCGACUCGAUAUCGUCUGUACGCAUUGCUAAUCCUUUGAUCAAACAAGCAAGAAGAACUCCGGUUUAUCUACAUUUGAGAUUCAACUCACAAGCAUCGGCUCCUUCUUCGCAAUCCAAGCACAAUGAUGCCAAGUUCCACAAGCCUACGCAACCAGGCGAUGCAGUUUCUGGUUCGCAAGAACCUUCCGAAGCUGCCGACGCCGCAGCCACGAUUUUGGCCGAGUUGAGGGAUCUGCAAAUCAAUCCGAAAAAGGCCACUUGGCUUGAAGCAAUGAAGGAGAGGGAAAAAUUACAAGCUGAAGGUAAACAAAUUGACUCAUUUGUCUAUAAUAACCCAUUGACUACCAAAGUUGGCGAAAAGACCAGGGCUGAUUCAUUUUCAUACUUGCUCUUGCCCUUCAAAGAUGAUCAGUGGUUAUGUGACGCAUACAUCAAUGCUUUUGGUAGAUUACGUGCUGGUCAGUUGUUUCAAGACUUGGAUGCAUUGGCUGGUAGGAUCGCUUAUAGGCACUGUUCUCCAGCUGAGCCUGUCAAUGUGACUGCUAGUGUUGAUCGUAUUUAUAUGGUGAAGAAAGUGGACGAGAUUAGCAAGUUUAAUUUUGUGUUGGCUGGAUCGGUUACUUGGACAGGUAGAUCGAGUAUGGAAAUCACUGUGAAAGGGUAUGCAUUCGAGACCGAUAUCAAGGAGGACGACAUCAAGAUUGACACUUUACCCGAUUCCAAUGUGUUUUUAUCUGCCAAUUUCACUUUUGUUGCCCGUAAUCCAAUUACACACAAGUCGUUCCCCAUCAAUCGCUUGUUGCCAAUCACUGAGCAGGAUUGGGUUGAUUACAGAAGAGCCGAAAGCCACAAUGCCAAGAAGAAGUUGGAAGCUAAAAAGAUGAACAUUAUUGAACCAACAGCGGAGGAGUCCAAGGUGGUUUACAAUAUGUGGAGAGCCACACAAUCGAGUGAAAAUGUCGACAAGGUCAAUUCAGCCAAUAAGUUGUCAUUCAUGAAGGACACCAAACAGACAUCAACCAUGUUUAUGCAACCCCAAUACCGUAAUCGUCACUCGUACAUGAUUUUCGGUGGAUACUUGUUGCGUCAAUCAUUUGAGUUGGCUUAUUGCACAGCAGCAAGUUUCUCCUUAGCAGGACCUAGGUUUGUCAGUUUGGACUCCACCAAUUUCAAAAGUCCAGUUCCUGUGGGUUCUGUAUUGUCCAUGUAUUCUUCUGUUUCGUAUACAGAACACUUACACGAUGCUAGUGAGACUAAAGAAAUUGAAAGUGAAAAUGCACCCUUUACGUUCCAGUUGCCAGCAAUGAACAAGAUCAGUACUAAUCCAGAUGCAUUUUUGUCGGAGCCAGGUACAAUUAUCCAAGUUAAAGUUGAUACAUUUAUUCAACAUUUGAAUUCAAAUAAAAAGAAGGAAGCGGGAACGUUUAUUUAUUCAUUCUUUGUGCCUAGAGAUAAUCAAAUUGGUGCCGGUGGUGAUGUUGAGUCUGAGGGAGGAUAUUGUUCAGUUGUACCACAAACCUACUCCGAGAUGAUGACUUAUAUUGCUGGUAGAAGAAGAGCUCAUGACACUGCUCAGUAUGUAGAAACGUUGCCAAAACCAGAGACAGAGAAUUAG